AUGAAAUAUUUAAUUCCACUUUAUUUUAUACUCUUUAUAUCAAUUAUAACUAUUAUUAAUGUAAAUUCGGCAAAAAAAGCACCAAAAAAGCCAACAACAUCAAAUGUUAAAAGUUAUUGGACACCAUUGAAAGUACCAUUAAAUGGAAGUAUGGUAACGAUACUAGGAAAAAAAGGAGUAAUCUAUUACAACAAAGAACAUAACAAUAGCAAAUUUAAAUAUAUAAAUGUUACAGAAGGUGAAACAUGUGGACAAAAAGUUAGAGGAAACAAAAAAAUAAGACUUACAAUUUUGGUUGCUCAAACAUUAAAAAAAAAAAAUAAUAAAAGCAAUGCUUCCUGUAAUCAUCUUCGUGCAGUAUUUAACGUAACAAAAGAAGGUAGAAAAGAUAUAAUAUUAGUAAAGCUACUCAAAACAACAGUAACAGGAAUUUGUGAUAUCAAUGAUAAGGACAAAGAAUUACAAAAAACUACAAAAAAACCUACCAAAAAAUCUACAAAAAGUAAAAGUAGUAAAGGAAAAAAAAAUUAA